AGCAGUCUGUGUGAGGAGGAGGAGGACGGUGCUGAUGAUGAAGAUGAUGAUGGCGGCCGCCAAACCGCUUCUCUAACACCAAGCUCGCUCAGGAGACUUCAUCCUUCCCCUCACGAGGCCAGGUAGGGAUGGAGGGGCGCGCUUUCCCAGACCAGGAGCAGCUCGUCAUGUUCCUGAAGAGGCUGAAGGAGGUUUUCGACGUGUGUGACGAGGAUGCUGACGGUUUCAUCCGGGUGGAGCACCUGGUGGACCUCGGUCUCCAGUUCGGUCAAGGAGACGAGGUGAAGAAGCUGACCAGGUACCUGGAUCCUAACGCUCACGGGAGGAUCAACUUCAAAGACUUCUGUCACGCGGUGUUUGCCAUCAAAGGUUGUGAGGAGAUCCUGAAGAUGGCUGUGGGUCCUCAGGGUGUUCAGCCGUCAAACCAACCGUCUGUUACUGACAACGGUUACAUCUACCAGAACGGUGAAGCCAAGCUGGGCCCCCCUAUCAUCAUGUGUACCCGGUCCUACCCAGACUGCAGUGCCGAUGGCGAGGUGGACAUGGACAGCAGCGCAGAGAACGCCAACAGCUCCGACUGUCUGGAGCCGACACGGCAAAACGGCCGCCUGAGUGGCUCAGCGUCCGCGUCCGUCAUCUCUGGUGAGGAGCAGUUUGAGGACUACGGUGAGGGCGAGGAUGUGGAUUUUACUCCCAGCAGUCCUUGUCCAGAGGAGGACUCCAGAACAAAUGGCUUCUCCGACCUUGGAUCUUCCCUCCCAUCCAGUGCUGGUCAGACUCCUCAGAAGAUGCGUCAGCUGUAUAACAGUGAGCUGUUGGACAUCUACUGCUCUCAGUGCUGCAAGAAGGUGAAUCUGCUCAAUGACCUUGAGGCUCGACUACGAAACCUGAAGGCUAACAGCCCGAACAGAAAGAUUACCAGCACUGCGUUUGGACGUCAGCUGUUCCAGGCCAACCACAGCGUGUUCGGCUCCAGUCAGGGCAGCAGCACCGAGGAUCUGUUCACCGACAGCAUCGACUCCUGUGACCUGGACAUCACAGAAAAAGUGAGUUAUCUGGAGAAGAAGGUGACAGAGUUGGAAGGUGACAGUCUGGCAAACAGUGACCUGAAGUCUAAACUCAAACAUGAGAACACACAUCUGGUUCACAGGGUGCACGAGCUGGAGGAGCAGGUGAAAGACGCAGAGACGAGGGCGAACCAGUCUCUGGAGGAGGAGACAAAGAGGCACCGUGAGGUUUACACCAAGAUGGAGAGGGACAGGAACUCAGAGAUAGACCUGCUUUGUAACAGGGUUCAAUUGCUAGAAGAAGAAAAUGGAGAUAUGAAGGUCAACGUGUGCAGACUCAAGUCUCAGACUGAGAAACUGGACCAGGAGAAGCAGAAGAUGACCGACAAGCUGGAGGACACAAGUCUGAGGCUGAAGGAUGAGAUGGAUCUCUACAGGAAGAUCAUGGACAAACUGUGGCAGAACCGCCACGACUUUCAGAAAGAGAAGGAAGCCAUGCAGGAGCUGAUCGAUGACCUCCGUCGGGAGCUGGAGUAUCUGCAGUGCUUUAAACUGGAGAUGGAACAUCCGGGGCAGGGGAAGAGUCUGUCUGAGCUUAACGCCCGAACCAGAGAGCUCGAAAUGGAGCAUGAAGUCAAGAGGCUGAAACAGGAGAACUACAAGCUUCGUGAUCAGAACGAUGACCUGAACGCUCAGAUUCUCAGUCUGAGUUUGUACGAGGCCAAAAACCUGUUCUCCUGUCAGACCAAGGCCCAGUGCCUCGCCGCCGAGAUCGACAACGCCUCCAGAGACGAGCUGGUGGACGCUCUGAAGGAGCAGGAGGAGAUCAAUCUCCGUCUGAGGCAGUACAUGGACAAAAUCAUUCUGGCCAUCCUCGACCACAACCCAUCCAUCCUUGAGAUCAAGAACUAAACACACACACUCACACACACAACUCACACACAUCCGUGUUAUUCUAUAGUUGUGGGUUCUUUGAUCACCUGACUCUUAGCACCUCUGUGAAGUGUGACAGCAAACGCAGUUUAACACUACAUAUCCCAGAAUUCAGUGGACCGGGAGUUAUCAGUAAAACCAAACAAACACACAUUGUUGACGUAAAGAAGUCUGUUGUGUUUCUAAGUAAGUGAUCACUGCUCAUGAUAUUUGAAAUAUAAGUUUCUUUCCUCCUAUUGAUGCACAUUCCUGAUAGAUUGCCGGGUGUAACCUCACAGAUGCACCCAAAUGUAGCCACUGUAAGUCCUGAGGAACACAAUACAAGAUCAUUUACUGUAUCGAAAGAUGGAUGACACGACUCUUCCUCCUCCUGUCUUAAAAAAAGGGUGAAACCAAAUUAUCCCGGGUGUCUUGCACAAUUCGGGCAAGAGCAGGAUUUACAUUUGAUGGUAUCUUCUGGCUUCUUUCUAAUUUCAUCAAAUUUAAUGAAUUGAUAUAAAAUAAGCUGUAGUGUUUUUGUCUUUUAUGCUGGUAAAUGUAGGUUAUUGGGUAUGUAAGGUUAGUCAGAGCUUAUAUCUGAAAGUUAUUCUGUAUAGCCAGAAUUCAGGAAUAAUACCAGCUGACAAAAACAAAUAAAAGUCACCCCUAAACUCUGAUCUUGAGUCCGUGCAGUAGAGAUAAGCCAAUGGAGCCACAGUGUUAAAGUCCCGCCCAUCCUGCCAACCAAAACACAAAUUCAACUUUGCCAUAAAACCAUAGACUGUAUAGAUAAUGGACGUAGUAUCCGUGACGUCGACCAUCUGUUCCUGAACUCUGUUUUGAAGCCAAUUGACUGCAGCAGCCAUAUUGGAACUCAACCAGGCAUAGUGUGACGUAAAGGGGCGGAGUUUGAGCCUCUUAGCCAACAGCUAUGUGUUCCCGUCCGGGAGUCAAGUCAGUCAUGUCCUUAUUUGGGCAAAAACUUGCAAUCUUAAUAUCUUCUGAACCGUUGUGUUAGAAAAAAAUUCACCCCCCGUACAGUGUGUGCCGAUAGAGAAAUGAGCUACGUAGGGCAAAGCCGUUUUUUGAACCAGGCUGUAAACAUGUUUAUUAAUGCUGCAAAGAUCGUCUUUUUCCCAUUCAUGUCUAUAUGGUUUCCAGGGUUUCUGCAGCCAGCCUCAAGCGGAUUCUCGAUGAAAUGCAGUUUAUAACACUUCUGCAUGGACUUCAUAUUUUGUGACCGUAGGUUGCCGCUUCCUUGAAACAUCAGAUACAUAGAGGAGUAGGACUUUAUUACCUACACUGCAGCCAGUUAGUAGAGGUAGCUCCAAAUAUGUUGGCCUUUCUUUUGUGGAGCCGUCAUGUCGUCCAUCUUUUAUAUGCAGUCUACGCUUCAGUAAAAAAGGUCAAAAUAGAAUGUAAAUACAGGAUGAAACUUUAAACUUGAGCUUAAAUCAUGAAUGUCGUCAGUGUUCUCACUACUUCUGACUUAAACUGUGCUCACACAUGUAAUCACACACUGACACACACACACACAGCAGACGAUCUCAGAUCAAGAACCAUGUCUUUAUGCGGCGAUAUUUCAAUCACUGUAGAAAAACUGUGCCAUGUUUAACUCAUCCACUACAGUCUGAGGUCUUCAGUAUGCUUUGGGUUGUGAAGAUGCUGUUUAGGUUAAGAUUUUUCCUUUAUCAUAAAAAAAAAAGAGAGAAGACUUGUAGAUGCAACACUGACACACUCUCACUCUGCUUUCAAGCUUUUUAACUCUUUAAAUUGCCUCUCUACAUGAUUAAUGUUUCCUGUAUGUCUGAAUUCAAAAUACUACAUUCAGUAAAAAUAUCUGUCAAACUUUGAGGGAAAAUCCAGCGCUGUCAAACAAACCUUUACCCUUUAACCUUUAAGGACGAUUCCAUGGUAAAGGAAUGUAAACGUGCCAAAAGAGAAUACUAUGUGCCAAACCUUAACUUUUCACUGUUGUCACACACUCAACAAAUCGCCAACAAUCUUCUUAUCAGCAGGUUUUUAGGAGCUAAUUAGCCUGAUUGGAAACCCGUUAUAUCGGAGGUGAUGUACUGAGCAGGUGACUAUGCAAAUUGGAAAUCGGACAGGAUGAGCAGGGUCUUGUCUAACAUUACCCCACUUAUUACCCAGCUACCAACUGAAGGCAUAAACAAGUCGUGAUCAGGUUUUCGCUGGCGUAACUUUCAAAAGACAGAAAUUAAAUAAACUGGAUUUUACUGAUGUACUGAAAGGGGUCAUUUUCUAAUACAAAAAAUACAAGUAUAGAAAUAAACUUUGUUCCUCCAUGAAAAAAAGGAAACUACUGACUGACAAACUGAAUAUAGAAUAGAAAGAGAAAACUCUGCUGCCUUCAGUGUCUUUCUAAACGUGGGAAAUACGUUAUUCUUAUAAUAAAUCACUCUAGAUUAUUUAACUUGAACAUUUAACUUGGAGAUUUUGCACUCAAACACCCGCAAUGUGAUGUGUAAAAGCUCGACAUCACAACGCACUAACGCACAGGUGUGUCAUAGUGGGGAGAGCACUAUAAGUUAAAGAAAGUUUUGCUUCAUUGCACAAAAUGUUCACCUGGUGAUGUUUUUAUUUGCUUGUUUUUUUACACAUCUGCAUACAAGGUAUGAAAAAUAUGAUUUGCUCAUUGUUAAGAUUGUAAGUGAUCUUUUUUUAUAUUUGACAUUUUCACUCUGACACAGUGUUUGUGAUUUCAUACAUUGUAAAUGUUGUACAGAAUCUAGGUACUAUUAAUGUGCGAGUCAUUCCACUUAUUUAAUUAUUUGUUGUAAUCAGUAAUAUAUAGCACUCUAAAAAGGGUCUUAGCCAAAUAUUUACCUGAAGAAUAUCAUUAAUCAUGAUGGAAAAGAUGUUUCACUCUGUCACAACUCACAUGUGUUCACCUUAUUUAUUUAUUUAACCUGUGUGUUGCACAUGAAAUUAUGGGUGACCAAACUUAAUGUGUAAAUAAAAUCCACUCGCUUUGGCAUGAAAAA